ACAUGGGUGGAGAGCUCGAUCAUUGACAGUUUCCCCACAGUUUCCUGUUUCCUGUACAUCAGGGCGGUGAAUUUCCUCUGAAGGUUCACUUAUUUUUUUGCUUCUGUUCAUGAAGUUGUUGGCAGAAAGUCAUCAUCCCUUAAAUGCUUAUCUAGGUCACACUCUGAAAGUGGAUUUUCGGUGGAGCAUCCUGGAAUAUACCUGUCCUUCCUCAUGCGCCUCCUCGCUGCUGCCAUGCAGCAUCUCAGGAUGCUGGGCAUCCUCAUGCUCAUGAUUCAGUUCUGUGACUGUGAGGAUUCCUGCAGCUACAAUCCUGUCAUCCUGUAUCCUACAGAGAUUAUAGAAGAAUAUGGAAGAGAAGUCUUUAUAAAAUGCUCCUCUGACUAUCUGCACUUCACAAACAUCAAAAUAAACGUGAAAAACGAAUCACGUUAUCCAGACCUCUACAGAGAUUAUGUUACUUUUGUGUUUUUUUUGGAUGAUUGGGAUAUUGAAGCCAGUUGCAUCGUACAUGUAAACGAAACUCAUAAAUGCUACAAGGAUGUUGAUAUAAUCGUGUACAAGAAUCCAGAAGUUGAUCUCUUGGUGAAGAACGAAGAUGCUGUGGCGGUGGAGCUGCAGUGUGACGUCUUCAAUGUUGCUCCGGUUCAGAACCUCAGUGUCCACUGGUACAAAAAUGAGCGUCUCAUCUACACAAACUAUUUCUCUGGAGCAAGCAGAGCACCAGUGAAUGAGUCCUCGGUCCUGACAGUCAGCAGAGAGGAGAACGUCACUCAGCUCAGAUGUGAAGCUCAGCUGAACUUAAGGUCACGAUCACUUCCUGCUACUGUUUCAAAAACACUCAAUAUUUCAGCAACCGAAAUUCCUAUUUCUAGCAAUGUCACACAGAGCUCUAACGUAAGCUCUGAAACGGUGACGAAGGCCCCUCCUCAAUCUGUCGUGUUGAACACGACAUUCCAUCCACUCAGCAUGCCCGAUGCUGAAAACUUCACAGGAAUCAACGGCUCAACUACUGAAGAUAAUGAAAUUACAACACCGGAGAACAUCCUGUAUGUGGCAAAGACCACAAAAGCACGUCCUGCAGAAAUCAUCACCUGUGAAUCACUGAAAAAAGCUUUUAGGAUAACCCCCCCUGAACUGGUGGUGAGAUAUGGAGAUCCGGUGGUUCUUACCUGCAGUGUGAAUUACACCUCUGUGCGAAAAGUCAGCUGGGAAACACCAUUUGGAGUCCACGAGGAAAUGAACAAUUUUACUUCAACUCUGACCAUUGACAAAGUCAAGACCUGGAAAUUAGAGCUAAUGUGCUAUGCGGCAUCCAUUGAUGAUCUCCAAUGCCUUUUUGAACCAACCAUCACAGUUUAUAAGACUCCAGACUCUGUGUCUGUCACUGCAGUGGAUGCUGGUCCAAUGAUAGAAGGCAAAGAGUACCAGCUGAGCUGCAUCAUCCUCAAUGUAGCUCCUGUGAACAAGCUCCAUGUGAAGUGGUACAGAGGAAAUGAAAGUUUGCGCACUGAACAUCCAAAAAACGACAGUCUUUCAACACCACAAAAUGUGACUUUCGUUUUGACCGUCCCGCUUGAGAGAGGUGAUAAUGGAUCCACUUUUCGAUGUGAAGCAGAACUGCACUUGGGUCCGGAGCUCACCCCUCUCACGCCUUCUGCUCCGUAUACCGUCCACGUGCACUACAAGCCGUUCUUCAAGAGUUGCUCUGACAAACUCAUCGUUGAAGAAAACAAAUUCCGGAUGAGCCAGCUUCAGUGUGAGACUGACGGGAAUCCUCCCCCCUCUGUAGAGUGGUCCCAUUUAGGUCAAAAACUGACAGAUCUGGAUAAACUGUUCACCAGAGCCGACUCAGGAGUUUAUAGAGCAAGUGUUUCCAACAGUGUUGGCCAGAAUUUCACUGAGGUUUUGAUCACAGUUGAACACGCCCCCAGUUUUAGCUGUGACAGAUUUUACAAGGCUGAAGAAGUGAACAAUAAGCCAAAGACUCCAUGUGAGCCAGAAGGGUCACCUCCACCCACAAUUACCUGGCUCAAAAAUGGAGCCGAGGUAAUUUCCACUCGGCGCUGGACAAAGAACGACAGUGGAAACUACACCCUCAGAGCAACCAACAAGCACGGAACAGCCCUGCACACGUUGUAUCUUGAUAUUUUGUAUCCCCCAGAAUUCAAUCAGGGAAACACAAGCGAGGAGAUAAUCCCCGGUCAAAACAUGACUUUGGACUGCAGCGCUGACGGGAACCCCAAACCAGAGACCCACUGGAAUUACACUUCUGCUGAGAAUCUGCAUGUGGCCACUGUGGGGCGCCACAAGAUCAUGACCAUCACUAGAGCCACGUCUACCAAUGCAGGCAAAUAUGUCUGUGUUGCCUCAAAUAAACUUGGAAUGGAGACAAGAUUUGUCUUACUGACUGAGAUUGGGAAAAAUAGUGAUGGACAGAUUUCUGGCUUUCUUUGGUGUAUCAUCUUACCCAUCAUCUUCAUCGUCAUCCUCUUCAUUGUGACUGCUCUGCUUUAUUACAAGAAGAAAAAAUAUGGCAGUUAUAAUGUUGUUGGAAGCAAGGAUCCCAAACAGAUCCCCAUGACCAGCAUAUCUGCUGCAGCAAAUUCUUAGAAUGCUGCCACCUCAGUCAAAACAACUAACUCAUGCUGUUCAAGCAACACAAUUUAAUGAUUUAGUUACAUUUUUAUUUCUUAGCUUAACAAAUAUCAAGUUUUUACAUACUUUUUUGUAUUGCUAUGGCAUAUCCUAUUAGAGCAAUUAAUUAAUGCAAUUAAGAUAAAUGUAUAUUUCUUUUGUCAAUGUAUUCCUUUUUGUAGAAUAUUUUUCAUGUCAUUAGGAGCAAAAAUUAAUUAUAUCUCAUUUAAAGACAGAAAAAGGGGAGUAGAUUCUCUUGUUUUUGUUGACUUCUCUUAUUAUUUUGAUACAUAGGACAAACAUUUUGUAACAAGCUUGUAAUUUUAUUAAAUGGUGGAAAUAA